AUGGCAGCUGCUACUUUAGCCGCCUCAACCACGACCCCGUCGUCGUCUUCCUCCUCGGACGCCGCGCAAAAAGUCUUUUCGUUCGUGCCCAUCCCAGGCGUCAACCACAAGAAGCGACCUCGUCGCAAGUAUCACGAGGUCGAGCGUUUGUAUCAUUGCAGCUAUCCCGGAUGUGCCAAGGCCUAUGGUACUUUGAACCAUCUCAACGCUCAUGUUUCGAUGCAAAAUCACGGUCCCAAACGUCUGCCGACUGAAUUCAAAGAGCUUCGAAAGCAAUGGAGGAAACAAAAGCGUGAGCGGGAGGCGAGUCGUCAACAACAACAAGAGAAUGCAGUCGCUGCUGUAGCAGCUACAAAUGCUCAGUAUCAACAACAGCAACAUCACCAUCAGCAGCAACAACAACAACAAGUAGCGGCACAGGCAGCGGUGGCGGCAGCAGCACAGGCAGCAGCAGCAGCAGCAACACCUUCACCGUUCCUUCCAUCGCACUCUGCAACCACUUCAUACUUGCCAUGGCAACAUCAGCAAGGGUACCCGGGCCCUCCUCCACCUCCUCCUCCUCCUCCUGCAGCAAGCCAUCAUCAUCCUCAUCAUCCUCAGCAGCAGCAGCAGCAUCAUCAUCAUCCUCAUCCUGAAUUCACGGACCUGUCUACCUUGUCUGGUGCGCAUUCCUUUUAA